AUGUCAUAUCAACCCCCUCCAGACUGGGGCCCGCCCUGGUCUUCCCCUCAACCACCGCCACUGUGGGGCAUGUGCGCGUCGGGGGGCCCUGUGGCUCCGAUGGGUGGACAAGUUCAGGCCUACGCGCACUAUCCUGGCUCUGAGUACCAGCCAAUGGAAUCCACUGGGUCACAGUUCUAUCCCGCAGGACCUGAAGCGCAAAUCAACGACCCAUGCAAUUAUGACGUGGUCAUGGACAUAGACUCACCAGACGACCUCAUGGACGUAGACACGACCGCCGAGUCGUCGUAUGCGCCGUUCCCCGUCUACAUGGAUGAGCCCCGGACGCCGACGCGUCGCCGGCAUUCGCGCGCCACUUCCGUGGCCUCCAGCAUAUCGAGGUAUCUCAGCCCAGUGUUGUCGCCGAUGAAGUCGCGGUCCCGCACCCAGUCCGCAAUGAAAGCCUCGACGAACAGCCUUCGGCCAACGCCCUCUACCCCCUACACGCUACAGCGGACCCCCAGAAAGCCGACGCUGGCGCACCACAACCCCCUACCCGCGCUCUUCGGCGGCUCGACGUACUACCCUCCCAUUACUCCGCGCCGUAAGAAGAGCGAGCGAUACGCACGGCUGUACGCACACGAGGUAAACGAGCUCACCGACCGCCUAGCCGACUUGACGAUCACAAGCGCCGACGCCGACGCCGACGUCGCGAAGCCUGCGGGCCCCAUCUUCGAUGGGGCCAGCAUGCUGAGCGACGUAGGCUCGGAGGCCACGCUGGUCCCCGUCCGCGGCUGCGGCAACGCGAAUGACAUGAAGAACCUCGGUGCGAAGAUGGAGCUGGGGCAGCACUUUGAGUGGAACGAAGCCGUCGAGGAAUUCCUGCAGAGCGUCCUCGCGAUAGUUCCGCACCAGUAG